AUGGAGCCCCUGGGGCUGGAGCCGGAGGGGGCCGUUCCCUCGCAGCAAGCCCCGCCGCAGCCCAUUCGAUUCGGCAUCGACCAGAUCCUGGGGGGGCCGCAGACGCACCAGCUCCAGACCAGCGCGUGCCUGGCCGCCGUCGGGGAGCAGCGGGGCGACUCGGAGGGGGCGCUUUUCGGAGGCGCCUACGGGGCGGACUGCAGCCUGUCCUGCCGCCGGGGGGACUAUGGGCUCCCGGGGGCCCCGGCGGGCAGCGGCGGAGUGAUCCGAGUCCCCGCUCACAGGCCGGUAGCCCUCACCGCCCUCCAGCCUCCGCCGGGGGGAGCCGGCAUCACCUUUCCUUGGGGGGAGAGCGGCGGCGGCAGGCUGGCCAAGGAGCGCCUGGCAGCCGCGCUCCCGUCCCUGGGCGCGGGGGCGCGGCGGGUGGGCCACCCCUACCAGAACCGGACGCCGCCCAAGCGCAAGAAGCCGCGCACGUCCUUCUCGCGAGCGCAGACCUGCGAGCUGGAGAAGCGCUUCUACCGGCAGAAGUACCUGGCCUCCGCCGAGAGGGCCGCGCUGGCCAAGGCCCUCAAGAUGACCGACGCCCAAGUCAAGACCUGGUUCCAGAACCGCCGCACCAAGUGGCGGCGGCAGACGGCCGAGGAGCGCGAGGCGGAGCGCCAGCAGGCCCACCGGCUGGUUCUGCACCUGCAGCAGGAGGCCUUCCAGAAGCGGCUGGGCCCGCCGCGGCAGCAGGACCCGCUCUGCCUGCACAACGCCUCCCUCUACGCCCUGCAGAACCUGCAGCCCUGGGCCGAGGAGAACCCCCCCGCCGCCACCGCCUCCGGGGCAGCCGGGCUCGUGUGAGAAGGAAGCCAGCACCCCCC